GACCCUUUAGAAACAGUACGAGCCAAGUGUGAGCAGAGUGAACACUGUGUCCACAUGAAGGAGCGCCUGGACACCUGUGAGGCCAGAGUAAACUCCAGGUCCCACACUGAGGAGGAGUGCACAGAAGAACUCAUGGACUUCCUGCAUGCUCGGGACCAUUGUGUUGCAAAGGAGCUGUUCCAGAACUUGAAAUGACCAGUUUGCCCACUUACCCACAAUGCAUCUGUACAAUCUAUUUAACUUUUGUAAUAAUCACCCAUCAUCAGACCUCCUGAGUUGUGUUGAUUGACUGGACGGUGUUUGUCUUUAGUACAAACUUGUGUAAUUCAGAAUCUUUUGUGCAACAGAUUUAAAAUGUUAAAAAUAAAGUCUGUGACAAAAUGAUACGAAUAAAACUACGAGCAAAACGAAAGAA